GAAGGGUGGAGAGCAGGAGAGAGGAAGAGAGGACUCCGAGGGGUGCGAGCAGGCCGAGGCGGGCGCAGGGGGACGUCGGCCCGGCCGCCCCCACGAGCCAGGCGCCGCCAUUCCGCUACUCGGGGCGCCGCCGCCGCCGCCACCGCGCCCGGGGGCCAUGCUCCCGCCGCCCCCGCGCCAGCCGCCGCCCCAGGCGCGCACGGCCCGCGGCGCGGUGAGCCUGCAGCGGGCCUUCCUGCGCGGCCCGCUGGGCGUGCUGCGGCUGCUGCAGCUGCUGGCCGGCGCCGCCUUCUGGAUCACCAUCGCCACGAGCAGGUACCAGGGCCCCGUGCACUUCGCGCUCUUCGUGUCGGUGCUCUUCUGGCUGCUGACCCUGGGCCUCUACUUUCUCACGCUGCUGGGCAAGCACGAGCUGGUGCCCGUGCUGGGCUCGCGCUGGCUGGUAGUCAAUGCGGCGCACGACCUGCUGGCGGCCGCACUCUACGGCGCCGCGACGGGCAUCAUGAUCAGCCAGACGCAGAGCCACAGCUACUGCAACCUCAAGGAUUAUCAGAUGUCCUGCGCUUACCACGCCUUCCUGGCGGCCGCCGUCUGCGGCGGCCUCUGCCUCGGCCUCUACCUGCUCUCGGCGCUCUACGGCUGCUGCCGCCACUUCCAGGGCGAGCAGGAGGUGGCAUGAAGCCGCCGCGCCGCGGGGCCGGCGACCCGUCCUUCCAGCCGCCAACGCCCCGCGCCCGUGCGCCCCGGCGCCCUCCCCUCGCCACGCGUUCCUGCCGCCGCCCGCGCCCCGGCGCCCUGAUCGCAAAUUCCAGCCCGACGGCAGCGCCGCCGCCCAGAGUCUGGACCGCUGCGCGGGACGCGCCGUCUCCUGGGACCAUGGCAGGGCUGCGUCCGAAGGGCGGACUCACACUUGCAGACCCGCCGCCCCGAGGCCAAGCCUCGCGGUUCCUCUUCCCCUUCCCCGCCGAGAGCGAGACGUGGACAGGCGCCGCGUAGAUCCGGGGGAGGCUCCCAAAUUGGAACCAGUCUUCUGGCGGCGCCACUGCCCCCUCCCCCCCGCCCCGCAUUGGAAGAGCACCCCCUUGCCCUGGCCCCUCUUCCAGCCCCAAGUGCUGAAAAAAAAAAAAAAAAAAAAAGGCAGGCGCGCCGCCUUGGGCGGAGCUGGGGACGGGCCUCCACUGGUCCAGGGAUGAGCGACGAGUUCAGUCUUAGUUUGGGAUUGUGCGGGCAUCCUGCGCAGUCCUUCCGGAUCCAUUCCUUGGUAUUUUGAUGUUUUGGGGUGGGGCCCAUCUACAAAGGUGAGGAAUGAUAGGAAGGGCCCGCGGGCUGUAUGCAUGCGCCUUUGGAGUCUUUCUUCUCGGCAUGUUUGUCUUUGUCUUCGCAGUUCAUGGAGGCCAGGCUCUAACGCCCACUAGCUUCCCUGGCCUCGCCUUCCCAGCCUUCCUCUCACAGGCUUCUGCUCCACCCCCACCUCCCAAUACCUGUCAAGGAGUGUUAGGGGACCUCAGCCCUUUUUACAGUUGGAGACUCAGAGCUUGCUCUUGGGAACAGCCAGAGUAAGAUCAGAACCCAGUCUUUAGACUCCCAGUCUAAUGCUGUUUACAUUAAAGCAGUGGAUGUUUCCAGGAAUCCUGGCUCAGGAGCUGUCCUCUAAAAGAAGGUUUCAAGACCAAAUGGGCUUGUUAAAGGUGCUGUCUCCCCUUCUUGGAGAUUCUUGAUGCUAUAUUCACGAUGCUCAUAGCAUAUCAAAGGCUCUGAGAAGUCCUGCUGUAAAAGAAGCCCGAGGAAUUUAGUUUGGUGUUAACUGCUUCUGGACCUGAAUCAGUUUUUCCUACCUUAAGGUUCCAAGCAGUCCUGUGUUGUCCUGGCCCAUUUAUCACCAAGGGGCCCAACUACUUGGCUGUGAUCUGUUUGAAGAUGUGAGGCAUUCCAUCUCUUCCCCAGGGAAUUUCUUUAGCAGAGGGACACUACCCUCCCAGGUCCCAGUCCCCCUCCGCCCCAGCCCCCCAUGAGAAGAUAGCUGCCCCUGCCAGGGACUUGGGAACUGUGGAUUUGAACAUUCCUCUAUAUUGUUUGGGAAAUGAAGCCAAGGUUGUCCAGACAGUUUCCCAGUCAAAAGGAACACCACCUGUGAGAGAUGCUGGCGUUGACGGUGAGCAGCUGGCCAGGAGUGGGUCACACCAAAGAGAGAAGAAAACUCUGGAUCAGGGGUGGACAGCUGGCCCAGCCUCGGUAAGGUCGCUACAUAAGCCGCAUCCUCAGCUCAGCUCCAGCCCUCUGAGGACCUCUUCUUAGCCCCCAGCCCAUGGUGCUCUGUCUGUGAUCAGGUGACCUUACUCAGGAGCAGAAGUCUCCUUGGCCUUCGUGGUACCUUAUCCAUCCAGAUGUGCCUACAGCAUUCCAGAGCUCACUGGCUCUUCUCAGUGUGCCUUCCUGCUUGGCCUCCAGCUACUUCUCCAGAUGUGAGAAGGACAUGAAGAUGGCUCCCACACCCACCCUCUCCUCCCCCUCGAGGCCCUGGGCCAUGGGAAUGGCCACCUGAGCUGGCCUGGAACUUUUGGAUACUGGAGGCAGUCUCAUUGGCGUCCCUCUUUGGCCUCUAGGACUCAAUCCAACCUGAGACCGCUGUGGGCUGCCCACAGCCCAAAAACCCUUUCAGGCCCAGAAGAGGAUUUCUCAGUGUUCUGCAAAAGGCCAGAAGAGAGGGUGGGCAUGGGAGGGUGAGGGUGGAUGGGGAGAGGGGACCGAUGUGCCUUAUUCAAUAGU